GGCGUGGCUGCAGGUAAUCACUGUACUGAGACACAUCACAGCAACACACGCAGAUUAAAGGACGCUGCUGGCGGCGUCCGUUUUAAUCUACAAACAAGGACACAAUGGUGGAAGAAACUAGACAGCAGAAAAACGCCACAUCCCUGCAGGCUGGACCUGCUGAGGUUGACAACAGUAAUCUCCAUGCAUUCAAUAUGAGAGUCACCCAGAUUAUCGGACGACAGCUGGCUCAAAUAGGGGACGAAAUGGACUAUAAAUGGCGCCAAGAACCGCUUGUCCCAUGGCAGAACCUGAAUUUUGGGAUUUAUCCUUAUGUCCUAAGUAGGAGAGUGUUCUCUGGAAGAAUCCUCGCCAAUCUUUGGGGAUCUAAGAUUAUGCCGAUGUUCAGGACGUCCUGGCUGCUUCCACAGCUUCAAAAUGGCUGUCAGGAGGCUAGAAAGUGGGCAGCCUGGGUGUCCAACUUGCAUGUUUCUGACUGGUCUCGCAGCACUACAUACACCCUGGCAUCUGCUUUGCUACUGGUCACUGUGUCUAUCUUCCUUGUAACCUGGAAUGAAUAUGAAGGCUGAAUGUGACAGAGGGGUCAAGAGCUGGUCUUUGGCUCAAAUUUAACCAAUGCUGUUUUACUUUAUUUUGUUUUU